AUAAUAACUUUAAACAAAACCCAGAACGUUUUGAAAACAUGAACUUAUUUAAACAAUUAAAGGUUCAGGUUGGAAAACAGAUCAGGAAACUGAUAAAUAAAUAAAACAGUUUGUUUAAUAACUGAUCGAUCGGGAAUGCUCAGAACUUCUGCUUCCUUGUUCCGUCUCAGCGGUCCUGAACGCCCCAAGGGAUGAUGGGAAAUGCAGCAAGUUAGAGUUUUUCUUUUAGGAGUUUAACUCUGGGAUGUCACACAGAACGAGACAAAGACGAGUUUCUGGGUUUCAGGUGAGAUCAGAGGAAACACCUGGUGUUUGUUUCCAUGGAAACCACCUGAGCAGUUUGAUGUUUAACAGGUAAUAAGGAAGUGACCUUUGAUCUCAGCACAGACCUGGUUCCCAGAGGAUUGGACGGGAAGCGAAGCGGUUAGUUGGAGAACGUCUCUGUUGCUGUGGAUGUGUUGUCAGAAAAACGACAGAAAAACGACAGAAAACCAGGAAAACGACAGAAAAACGACAGAAAACCAGGAAAACGACAGAAAAACGACAGAAAAACGACAGAAAACAACAGAAAAACAACAGAAAAGCAGGAAAACGACAGAAAAGCAGGAAAACGACAGAAAACGACAGAACGGCCUGGACCUGCUGCUGGUCAGGAUGAAGCUGGACGUGAAAAUCGAGGUGCUGAAGUUCUGCUUCACGGUUUUAAACUCCGUCUUCCUGGUUCUGGGUCUGAGCGUUAUGGGCUGUGGAAUCUGGAUCCUCUUCGACUCUGGAAGCUUCCUGAAUGUCCUCUCCUCUGAGGAGCUGAAGGUGGUGGCAGCAGGUCUGUUUAUAAUCGGUGGAGUGGUGGCGCUGGUCAGCCUGACUGGGUGUACUGGAGCGGCCCUGGAGAAACGGUUCCUGCUGCUGGUGUACCUCUGCUUCCUGAUCGCCCUGGUCCUGGGUCAGCUGUACGUCACCGUCCUGCUGCUCCUGUACAGAAACAGGAUCGAUGGUAGCCUGGCUCAAACCGUGAAUAACAUCAUAUCUCAGUACGGAAAUGGCAGCAGCAGAGCCGACAGAAUCAUGGAUAACAUUCAGCAUUUUACUAAUUGCUGUGGAGUAAAUGGACCAGACGACUGGCUCAAGAACUCCUUCAUUCAAACUCUGAACCUGACAGGUCGGAACGUGCUGCCGUGUUCCUGUUUCCGGUCCUUUCAGCCUAGCAUAAACUCAUCCUGGUGCUUGGAAAACGAAAGCACCAAUGAAACGGUGUUUGGAACAGGAACUGGGACUUUUAAUGAGAGCUGCAAGCAGACGAUCAACCAAUGGCUGCAGGAGAACGUCAUAACCAUCGUUGCCAUGGCUGCAUUCCUCGUUUUAAUCCAGAUCGUUGACAUUUUCAUCGCUGGGUCUCUGUUCCGCAUGUUUGGAGAAAAAGACACUUUAAAGAAAAACAAGCGGCUCGUUGGUGAAGACGACACCGACUCACACUCCGCCUCCGAGCCCGACCCGGACGGCGGAGAGCAGAACCACGCCUUCAUAGACCCGGAUGAAGGCGCUGCAGAACCAAACUACAUGACAGCUGGAGACACCAACCACAUGGCUGACCAGUACAACCAGAACCAGGAGUACCAGGAGCCAUUUCAUUACAACCAGAACCAGAACCAGGGGUACCAGGAGCCAUUUCAUUACAACCAGAACCAGAACCAGAACCAGGGGUACAUGCCUGCUGGAGAUGCCAACAACAUGACGUUUGACCAGUACAACUAUAACCAGGACCAGAACCAGGGCUUCCAGGAGCCACUUAAUUUCAGCCAGAACCAGGAUUACCAUGGUUACCAAGAGGCUACUCAGCAUUAUUAAACACCGACUCAAUGUUGUAAAUGUAACCAAAGAAUAGAAUUUAGUCGUUCAGAUAGCAGUUUACUAUCAACCAGUUUUAUUACAAAUUACUGGACUGAAAUAAAUCCAACUUUAUCUCAACUCGAUCAGUUUAUCUGAAAACAAGACAAAAAACAACAGUCACUCCAAACAUGAGUGUAACAGGGUGAAAAAAAUAAAGUUCAUAUAGAUCUCUAUAUUUGUAUGUGUGUGU